CUGAGCUUAAUGUAAAUUGACCAGUGCAACAGGGAAGACUGCGAGAUAAGAGUUACAAUUGCACGGGAAUGCUGCAUCGAAAUUAGUUUUGGGGGAAAAAAAAAAACAAAACAAAACAACAACAACGUUGUGGAAAGCCUUCUACUAGUGCUGUGUCAGCUGUCUCGUCAGAUAGUAAUACAAUAUAACGAAUACGGUUUUGAAACUUUAACUGACUACACUUUGCAUUAGUUGAUGCUUAUCCAACACUACAGGUAUUGCAUUCCCCAUGCCAGAAGUACCGUAGCGACAAGUGCGCUGCUAGACAAAUAUCAGUGACGGGUUCUUGAGGACUGUUGUCUGUUUAUUAAAUGGAAUCUGCGGAAUGUAAAAACAGUGAGGACUGUACUUGUAAAAGCCGUUCCUUCUACCCCGAUGCCUUGGAAACAGCCGGCCGCGUUGAGGGCCUGCCCUUCCUAACCUCCAUCCACUCAGUCAUCCUGGAGGAGGAGGAGGAGGUGGAGAUGAAGAGGGGGAAGUAUCGCCAGAGUCUGCAGCUGCUGAAGCCCUUCAGAACCACGCACAAGGAUCAACACCCAAUAGACAACGCAGGACUCUUCUCCUUCAUGACUCUCAACUGGCUGUCUCCUCUAGGCUGGAAAGCCUACAAGAAAUCCUCCCUGGAGAUGAGUGAUAUCUGGGGGCUCUCAUGCCAUGAGGCUUCGGAGACAAACUGCAGGCGGUUUGAGAAGUUAUGGCACACAGAACUGAAGAUGAAAGGGAAAGACAGGGCCUCGCUCUCCCAUGUCAUAUGGAGUUUCUGCCAGACCCGCAUUCUGGUAGCCAUCAUCUCCCUGAUGGUAACCAUGGUUACUGGAUUCAUCGGCCCUGCUGUAAUAAUCCGCAGCCUGCUUGAGUACGCUCAAAGCUCACAGACUCGGCUGCUCUACGGUCUCACCCUGGUGGGCGGGAUCUUCGUUGCAGAACUGACGCGCUCUUGGUCCUUCGCCCUCAUGUGGGCGCUCAACUACCGGACAGGGGCGCGGCUGCGCGGGGCGGUUCUCACCUUCGCCUUCGACAAGAUCCUCAAACUGCGCAGUACCAAGGAAGUCAGCAUCGGAGAGCUGGUGAACAUGUGCUCAGCUGACGGUCAGAGGCUCUUCGAGGUUGCCACGGUGGGCUGCCUGUUGGCCGGAGGGCCUCUCGUGGCCGUGCUCGGGCUGAUCUACACCGCAGUCUUCCUGGGACCCACCGCUCUGCUCGGCUCGACCAUUUUCAUCCUCUUCUACCCCUCCCUGACGUUUGUGUCGCAGCUGACUGCCCAUUUCCGGAGGAAGUGUGUGAGAGUGACUGACAGGCGUGUGAGGAUCAUGAAUGAAAUUCUCAAUUGUAUCAAAUUCAUCAAGAUGUAUUCGUGGGAGACUCCCUUCACUCAGCGCGUACAAAAAAUCCGUGCAGAGGAGCGUGGGAUACUGGAACAGGCUGGCUAUGUUCAGAGCAUCACAGUGGGCGUGGCUCCCAUCAUUGUGGUUAUUGCCAGUGUCUGCACCUUCACCCUCCAUAUGGCUUUGGGCUUUGACCUGAAUGCUGCACAGGCCUUUACCGUUGUCACUGUCUUCAAUUCUAUGACUUUUGCCCUCAAGGUCACACCCCUGGCUGUGCGGGCCUUGUCUGAAGGCUCGGUGGCCAUCAGCAGGUUUCAGAAACUGUUCCUGAUGGAGGAGCGUGAGGCUAUCCGGAUGAAGCCGGAGGAUCCCGAGAACGCUGUGGAAUUCUGCGGAGCGACAUUGGCCUGGGAAGGGGGAGGGGGAAGGGAGAGCCACAGGACCUCCCCAAAGAUCAAGAGGAAAGGGGGGAUCGAGCAGGUCCUGAUUAAAGAAAAGCUGAGCCUGUACAUCGAAAAAGAAGGGGGGAACAAGGGAGGACAGAACACCCUGCCCCUGGUGUCCAACAUCGAACAGGACAGUCCACAGAACACAGUGACCGCAGGGCAGUACCACCUCCCCCCUCUGCAGAAAACACUACGCAACAUCAACCUGCAUGUGAAAAAGGGCAAGCUGGUGGGAAUCUGUGGUAGUAUAGGAGCUGGGAAAAGCUCCCUGAUCUCUGCCAUCCUGGGGCAGAUGGCCCUGUUGGAAGGUACCAUUGCUGUGAGUGGAGAGUUCGCCUACGUGUCUCAGCAGGCUUGGAUCCUGAACGGCUCACUGAAAGAGAACAUCUUGUUUGGGAAGGAGUGUGACGAGGACAAGUAUAAAUGUGUGCUGGAGGCCUGCUGUUUAAACCAUGAUGUUUCUAACCUGCCAUAUGGAGACAUGACUGAGAUUGGCGAACGUGGGGUGAAUCUCAGCGGUGGUCAGUGUCAGAGGGUCAGUCUGGCACGAGCACUGUACAGCGGCCGAGGUGUACUACUCCUUGACGACCCCCUGAGUGCUGUGGAUGCCCACGUGGGAGCUCACCUCUUCCACAGCGCCAUCCGCGGGGCAAUGAAGGGGAAGACAGUGUUGUUUAUCACCCACCAGCUCCAGUACCUGGAGGAUUGUGAUGAGAUCCUGUUUAUGAAAGACGGGUGCAUUGCAGAGCAGGGAACACACAAGGAGCUGAUUAACAGGCAAAGCGACUACGCCACCCUCUUCAAUAGCAUGCAGCAAGAAAAUCUGAUCCAGAAGAACAUGAAAAAUAGGCCGUUGAAAGGAGAGGAGACGGCCGUGAAGCUUCUGUCUGUCAGCAAGUCUGUCAGCAAGUCUGUCAGCGUUGUGCACCAGAGCAAAGAGGAAGGUCAGCUGAUGCAAGUGGAGGAGAAAGGGAGCGGCUCUGUAUCAUGGUCGGUGUAUAAGGCAUACAUCCGAGCAGCAGGGGGAGCCCUAGCUUUCAUUAUCAAUAUUGUCCUCUUUCUGCUGACCACAGGGAGCAUCACCUUCAGUAACUGGUGGCUCAGUUACUGGAUAAAGCAGGGCAGUGGGAACACCACAGUUGUCUUAGGCAAUGGGACAGUGGUUAGUGACAGCAUGAGAGACAAUCCUCACACUCGCUACUAUGCCGGGGUCUAUGCUCUGUCCAUGGUCACCAUUGUCCUGCUGAAGGCUGUCCGAGGGAUCGUGUUUGUAAAGUGCACCCUGAGAGCUGCCUCCAAGCUCCAUGACCUGCUGUUUGACAAGGUCCUUCACAGCCCAGUGAGGUUCUUUGACACCACUCCACUUGGACGCAUUCUCAACAGGUUCUCCAAGGACAUGGAUGAAGUGGAUGUCCGGUUGGCCAUGCAGGCUGAAAUGCUGCUUCAGAAUGUCACCCUGGUCCUGUUCUGCCUGGGGGUUGUCAGCGCAGUCUUUCCGUGGUUCCUCGUGUCCAUGGCACCUCUUGGUCUCUUCCUUUUCCUGGUUAACAGGACCUCCAGGGUGCUGAUCCGGGAGCUCAAACGACUCGAUAACAUCAGCCUGUCUCCCUUCAUCUCUCACGUCACCUCCAGCGUCCAGGGCCUCUCUACUAUCCACGCCUAUGGUAAGGGCACUGACGUCCUGCAUCGGUACCGAGAGCUGCUGGACUCCAACCAGGCCCCUCACUUCCUGUUCAGCUGUGGGAUGCGCUGGCUGGCCGUGCGGCUGGACCUCAUUAGCAUUGCCCUCAUCACCAUGGUAACACUGCUCAUCGUCCUCAUGCAUGGACAGAUCCCGCCCGCGUACGCAGGGCUGGCUAUCUCCUACGCUGUGCAGUUGACAGGUCUGUUUCAAUUCACCAUCCGCCUCCUUGUAGAGUCAGAGGCCAGGUUUACAUCAGUGGAGCGGAUCAGCCAUUAUAUAAAGAAUCUGGAGUGUGAAGGUAUUCGGCACAUUCCCGACUCCGCUCCUGCCCUCAGCUGGCCACAGGAAGGAGGAAUCCAGUUUAAAGAUGUGGAAAUGCGUUACCGUGACAAUCUGCCUCUGGUUCUUAAGAAACUGUCCUUUAGCAUCAAACCCCAGGAGAAGAUAGGCAUUGUGGGCCGCACAGGAUCAGGUAAAUCCUCGCUCGGAAUGACCCUGUUCAGACUAGUUGAGCUGGCUGGUGGUUCCAUCACCAUAGAUGGCAUCAACAUCGCACAGAUUGGCCUGGAGGACCUCAGGAGGAAGCUGUCCAUUAUACCACAGGAGCCAGUCCUCUUCAUUGGCACCGUCAGGGUCAAUCUAGACCCCUCGAGCCAGUAUUCGGAUGCUCAGAUCUGGGAGGCUUUGGAGAAGACUCACAUGAAGGCCAGUAUUGCUCAGCUGCCAGAGAGGCUGGAUUCAGAGGUGCUGGAGAAUGGGGAGAACUUCUCUGUGGGGGAGCGGCAGCUGCUGUGUGUUGCUAGGGCUCUGCUCCGGAGCAGUAAGAUUUUGCUGCUGGAUGAAGCAACAGCUGCCAUUGACAUGGAAACGGACGGGCUGAUCCAGGAGACAAUUAGUGAGUCUUUCUGUCACUGCACCACUCUGGUUAUCGCACACAGACUCAACACCGUCCUCAGCUGUGACCGCAUCAUGGUGCUGGACCAAGGACAGGUCGUGGAGUUUGAUGCCCCUUCUGCCCUUCUGUCCGAUGAAAACUCCAGAUUCUGCGCCAUGGUCAAUGCAGCAGAAGGUGGAACGAAUAAGACAGUUGAUGGCUUUGCUGAACAAUAGCCAAGUCCAAGUUGCAACUCCCAAAGAGCGGCUUUUAAUGUUGUCAGUAAGCUAUAAUAACCCAACAGCAGUACACUCUAGGCUUCCAAUGUCUGUUUCAGGAUCCUUUUUUUCAGGAUCAAAAGAGCAAGAGGAUGUAUAAAGCAGCAGCUAUUAGACCAUUUCUGAAAAAAUAUCCUACCUCUGAAAUUACUGUGGAGCACAGUUGUGGUGCAAUGUGGUUGGAGGUAAAAGGCAGCGAUUGUUAGUUACCGGCUUUUAAUACAGAUUUCUUCCUUUUGGGAUAUGGAAGUUGAACAUGCUUUAUGACAGUUUUAAAUGAAAGGCCAGCUCCAUAGAUAGGAUUCUGAGCCACAUAUGUAGGGUCUGACAUCCAUCAUGCAGAAUUCUGCCCUAGAGUUCCGCCUGUGAAUUUGAUU